AUGAGGCUGCCUACGGCUGGCCCCAGCACUGGCCAGACCUGUGGGCUUGUGCUGAUCUCCGCUGUGCUGCUGCAAUCCAUUUGCGUGGCGAUUACUUUCCUUUACUUCACUAAUGAGCUGAAACAGCUCCAGGACACAUAUUCCAAGAGCGGCAUUGCUUGUCUCAUGGGGGAAGAUCUCGAAACUUUCAUAAGACAUGUGGAUCUAAAUGAAAAUGAAGAAAGAGAGAGUGACCCCUGCUGGCAAGUGAAGUGGCAACUAGCAGAGUUAAUUAAAAAGAUGAUAUCAAGAAACUAUGAGGAAAACAUUUCAUCUGCGGUGAAAGGAACUGAAGAACAGGGAUCUCAGAACCAUGGACACAGAAUAGCAGCUCACUUAACUGGAAGCCGCAAUAAGAAGAGCUCUCUAUCCACAUCAAAUUCCUCAUCCAGAAGAGGUGUUGGGCAGAAAAUAAAUACCUGGGAACCCUCAAGGAAAGACCAUUCAUUCCUCUAUAAUGUGGAGUUGAAAAAUGGGGAGUUAAUCAUACCCAGAACCGGGUUUUAUUACAUCUACUCUCAAACUUACUUUCGAUUCCGCGAACCUGAGGACGAGGAUUCAGAAUCAGAUCCAUUAGCACUAAGCAGAAACCCUAAGCAAAUGGUCCAGUAUGUUUACAAACUGACGACAUAUCCAGAGCCUAUCCUGCUCAUGAAAAGUGCAAGAACUAGCUGCUGGUCUAAAAAGGCAGAAUAUGGACUUUACUCCAUAUAUCAAGGUGGAGUAUUUCAGCUAAAAAGGGAUGAUAGGAUUUUUGUCUCUGUCAGUAACGAGGACAUGGUUGACAUGGACAAAGAAGCAAGUUUUUUUGGAGCCUUUUUGAUCAGCUAA